UUGUAUUGAAAUAAUAUAAUACAGCAAGCUCAGAAACUUCUUUCCACGCUUCACCACGCUAUUAGCAGUGACCAACAGCGACCAAUCAACACUUGAGAACAUCAACUAUCGGCCCGAUUAGGAUAGGGCGAUGGAGUCUGGUGGUGAGGAAGACCUUGGCCAGGUCCUCUCAAUUGGAGAGCACUGCAGCGUGAGCCAUUGUGGUCAAGUGGACUUUCUUCCAUUUAAGUGCGACUGCUGUAACCGCAUUUUCUGCCUAGAGCAUCGCUCGUAUGCGGCCCACGCGUGUCCCAACUCGGGUUCGAAGGAGACUACAGUGAUAGUGUGUCCAAUCUGCGCCAAGAGCGUGCGCAUGACCUCGGGGCAAGACCCCAACGCGCUGUUUGAGCAGCACACGCGCACCGAUUGCGACCCCGCAAACUAUGACCGUGUGCACAAGAAGCCACGCUGCCCGGUGGCGGGAUGCAAGACCAAGCUGACUACCAUCAACCGCUACCGCUGCAAGCACUGCAGCCAGGCCAUAUGCCUGAAGCACCGGGACCCCGCGGACCACCGCUGCGCAGAGGUGCAAGCGGCAAACCGGCAGCAGCGUGGCGGCUUCUUCUCCUCCCGCCCGCCUGCAGCCACCAGCGCGGCCGCCGCCUCCAGCAGCGGCCGUAGCUCCGGCGCCGCCUCCGCCGCCUCCUCGCGCCCGCCCAGCGCGCCGCGGCCCGCCCCUGGCGCGGCCUCAUCCGUCACCACCACCAGCCCGGCUGCAGCCCGGCGGCCCAGCCCGCAGGAGCUGCACGCGGCAGCGGCACGGCAGUAUGAGGACCCAGACAACUCGCUGCGCGGCACGGCGGCACGGCGCGCGGCACAGGCUGCGGCGCCGCCGCCGCCGGCGCAGUCGCGCUGGCCCUGGCAAUCGACACCGCUGACCACUGGGACUGGCACCAGUACCAGUACCAGCAACGCGAACCCGCUGGUGCCGCCGCACCGGCCGGAGAAGUGCCCGCAGUGUGGCGCUGCCUUCGAGACGGUGGCGCGGCUCAUCCAGCACGUGGAGGACUUCCACCCCUCGCAGCAGCCCGUCGGCACCAGCACGGCCGCUGGCGGCGGUCCUGCCGGUGGCGGAGCAGCAGGGCCGGAUGCAGCAGGAGGCGCGGGGGCGGGCGCGGGUGGUGCGGGGUUCUUCAGCAACCCGCUGCGCGGCCUUGCGGGGACAACGAUAGCGGGCGGCCCGGCGCCGGCGGGUGGCGGGACGUUUGGAGGCUUUGGCGGCGCGGUGGGGGUGCAGACUGACGUCAAUAGAGGGGCCGGCGGCGGCGGCGGCGGCGGCUCGUUGUUGUCCUCGGGUGCCGGGUCGGGGCCUGGCGCAGAUGGCCGUGAGGUGUACCGCUGCCACAUGUGCUCGCGAACGUUCAACGACCCCGUCAUGCUGGUGCAGCAUUCGGAGCGGUGCGGGGCUGCGGCCAGGGUGGGGGCGGGUAGGGGCGGCGGCUCGGGAGCCAGCAAGGACACGUGCGUGCUGAGCUGACCUGGAUUGCAUUGAGAGUUAGCGCCGUGGUUGUGGCCCUGUAAAGACAAGGGCUUGCAACCUGCAGGCCUACAGAGCAGACUUGAAGCGAGUGCGUUGAGGGGCGUGAGUUCUUGAGACGGAGUCAGGGUCAGAGUCAGGGGUUCAGGCUCUGGAGUGGCCAUGAGUGGCUAGAACCUUGUCUUGUUGCGAACGUCUCGUCCGGCACGGCAAGCUUGUGUAAUGUGCACAGCAGGUUGAUGUGGAGUUAUUUCGGUUCUGCGUCUUUGGGGGUGGCCCGCAGGCCCGGCAGGAGCAUUUGCGUGGCCAAUUGUUGGCCAACAGAACCCCCGCCCGCUUGGCUCUUAGCCCAGGGUGUGCGAUGGGACAGUGUUAAGGCAGGUUGGUGAAGUCCCGCAGGGUGCAGCUGAUUCCCAGACCCCAGAAUGUGGCAAACAAUUUGCAACGGCAGGGCAGGACUGCAGGAGUGCGCGGCUGGUCUUCAACGGCAGGGCAGGGGUGUUCUUAGCCCAGGGUGCGAUGUAUUUCUGUCUGUUUGCCACCGCCGGGACACGAGAUUGCAAUAGCGUGAGGUGUGUCGCAUUGGGUUCAGGACACACGUAUAUCGCGAGUGAAAGCUGCGCCACGCGUUCGCCGACAGCAGCGUGGCGGUCGACGAGGGGUCGCCGCGUGGGGUCGCCCGGGGUAGGCAGCGGGGACAAGGUGGAACGGGAAAGCGUUCUUAAACUCU